CCUCUUCCUGUCCGUCAUCACCGUGCGCGGUCCGGCCGUGCCGGGGCCUCGGCCGUGCCUGUGGCGGUGCCGUCCGCGCCGCGGCCAUGACCCGCUGGGCCCGGCGCAGCGCCCCGCCCGCGGCCCGGGCCCUGGCCGCCACCCCCUGGGAGCAGCUGGCGCCGAGCGGGGAGCCGGAGCCGCCACGGGCAGCCAAGGGGAGGAGGAGGAAGAAGGAGUACGAGAACCAAGACGUGAACGGGUUCGCGGCGUACCGCGGGCAGCAGCAGGAGGAGGAAGAGGAGGCGCGGAGGAAGGACAGGCGGCGGGAAAGCAGGAGGCUCAGGAGGCAGGAGAGGAAGAAGAACGCCAUGGUGUGUUUCCACUGCAGAGAACCUGGUCAUGGCGUGGCUGACUGUCCUGCAGUGCUGGAGAGCCAAGACAUGGGGACGGGGAUCUGCUACCGCUGUGGAUCCACGGAGCACGACCUCAGCAAAUGCAGAGUCAAGGUGGAUCCAGCUGCUGGGCCAUUUCCCUAUGCAAAAUGUUUCAUCUGUGGUGAGAUGGGGCAUCUGUCAAGGUCGUGUCCGGAUAAUCCCAAGGGGUUGUAUGCUGAAGGUGGGGGCUGCAAACUUUGUGGCUCUGUGGAACACUUCAAGAAAGACUGCCCAGAGAAGCAGAAUGCAGAGCAGGUGACAGUCGGGCGCUGGACCCCUGGCCUGAGCGCCGACCACGAGGACGUCGCGGCCGCGCCGGCGCUGCAGAGAGCACAGCCCAAGAGACCCAAAGUUGUCACUUUCUGAAGGCCUCCUGGCUCUCAAACAGUUCUCCUGCGCUGCUGCACUCCAGAGCGGUGACGACAGAGAGCAGAUCCAGAAAAUCAAGCAGGCUGCAGGGGAAUUGUUUCUUAGUCUCCCCUCACUUUCCCAGUUUGCCUUCCACAUUUGCCUGGCUCACUGUAAAGCUGGGAGCAACAGGAACACAGCAAGUGGCUGUUUUAUUAAAGGGAUUGUGGGUGUUUUUUAAAGGUUCUUGUUGGAUUAGAGUUUGGUUUUGCCCUUUCCUUUUAGGAAUAAUGAACUUAUUCCUUCCUAUAUUCCAGCUUAAGCAGUCCUGUGGUGAAGUUACAGAUCAAUCCUGUGGGCUGCCGAGCUCCAGGUGCAGUUCCUGAGGGGUUUAGUUGUUAUUAUCAGCCAUUAACUUCAGUGGUCAUGCACAUUGGGUCAUUUCAGUGUGAUCACUGACAGAAUCAAGCCCUUCCUCUGAAGCCUGUGGUGGAACACACCCCUGAAGAACUGGAGAGCAAGUGAGAAGCUUUCUUAGUUUAUUUCUUUUUCAAAGAAAAUGCUCAAAAAUCUGCAGCGUUUCCAUGCCUUGGUGAGCUGGGAGUAAACUUCUCUUUGUAUUGCACCUGCCUGCUUCAUGGCAGACUUACUGUUUUUAAAUGGAGACUGCAGCCUUAGAAAAGCUAGUGGAUAUUAAAAAGAAAGAUUAGGAAACCAACUCCAGAGUUCCUGCAGCCACCAGUGUUACUGGAGAAGGGCAUCCUGAGAUCCCCUCACAUGCUUUUCUUGCAGCAAAAAAACAAAUGCAGGGAAUGAAAUUGUGUGGAGAUAUUUUAUAUUUGUACAGGUAAUUAUUUUUAAUAAAAUGCUGCUAAAGAA